AUCUGGAAACAGGAAGUAAGGGGGGGUGUGAGUACUGAGAACUUGGAAUCACGCCCCUCAGCCUCAGAUGGUAGUGAUUUGGGAUUUGCUUUUAGUGGAGAAGUAUUUUAACAGUAAAGUAAAUAUAUUUGUUUACAUAACCCAUAAUAUACUACAUUUCCAUAUUUCUUUAAACGUGAAUGGACAAAUUUUAGGCAUGUCCGAAAGCAUACUAUUUCACAGAAAUUCCGUGUUCGUGGAUAGAAAGAUUCAGUAUCGUUAACAUGGCAAUCCUCCCCAAACUGGUCUAUAGAUUCAAAGCAAUCCCCACCAGAAUCCCAAUGGAUAUUUGUGUGAAACUGACAAGUUGAGCCUAAAAUUCAUGCAAAACAAUUUUGAUAAACAAAAUGGAAGGAUGUUCAUUUCCCAAUUUCAUAUUUAUCAUAAGCUACAGUAAUCAAGUCAUAUAAGUCCUUAAGACUACAAAGCAAUGGAACAGAACUGAGUCCAGAAAUAAACCCUUAUACUUGCGGUCGAUUGAUUUUUAGCAAAGAUGCCAAGCAAUUCAGUGAGGAAAGACAGUCCUUUAAACCAGUGGUGCUGGGACAACUAGAUAUGCACAUGCAAAUAAAUGAAUUUAGACCUUUACCUCCCAAUGUUAAAAAAAGAAACAAAAUCUCAAAAUGGACCAAACAUGAAUGGUAGGAAGUAAAACUUCUUGAAGAAACAAAAUCUUUAUAACCUAGGCAAAGGUUCUUAGAUAUGACAUCAAAAACAUGAUCCAUAGAGAAAAUCUGAUCAAACUGGACUUAAAAUUCAAAACUUUUGUGCUUCAAAAUUUACCAUAAGCAAUAGACUGGGGGAUUAUGUUCAUAGUACAUACACCUGACAAAAGGACUUGGCUCUUGACUAUACAAAGAACUCCCACAGCUCACACAAUCCAACUAAAAAAUGGGCAAAAUGGUUGAAUAAACAUUUAAGGAAAAAAGGUAAUAAGUAAUAGACACUUAGUCAUUAGGAAAAUGAAAAAAAUUAAAACUACAAUGAGGCCAGUGGUGACAACCUCCCCACAAUAUGCCUCUCGCCAAAGACCUUCAUCCCUCUCCAGAAGAGAAGAGGAAACUCAAGAAGAAGCACCUGGUGCAGAGCCCCAGUUCCUGCAUCAUGGAUGUACAAUUCCCAGGACGCCGUAAAAUCAGCACCACCUUUAGCCAUGCACAAAUGACAGUCCGGUGUGUUGGCUGCCCCACUGUCCUCUAUCAGCCCACAGGAGGAAAAGCAAGGCUUCCAGAAGGGUGCUCCUUCAGAAGGAAAAGCACCUGAGUCAAGUUGAGCAGGGAGGGAACCAUCCCAAUAACACAUUUUGGAUACAAAAAAAAAUUAAGAGUGGCUUACAAUUUUUUAAAUGGACAAUACUAAGUGUUAGGAUGCAGAGUAACAGGAACUUUCCUACAUUACUGGUAAAAAUGCAAAAUAUUACUGCCAAUUUAGCCAAUGAAUUAAGACA